AUGUUUUACGAGGGAACCCUUCAGGAAGGCAUCUCGACAGCCGUCGGCCAGCAGAAGCUCGUUCUAUGUUUCGUGACAGAUGAAAGUGAUGAGAGCACACAAUGGGAAAAUGAGUUUCUGGUCGAUGAUACGUUGAGCGACUUACUCAAGGAGCAUUCUAUUGCACUCCGUCUCAAAGCUGGGUCCGAGGAAGCCGGAUAUCUAGCUCAGAUCUUUCCUCUACCACGGACUCCGACUGUUGUUAUCAUUAAGAAUGGAGAGCUGAAGGAGUAUAUCACACCGGGGACCAGCAAAGAGGAUUUCUUGCGGAGAGUUCAGACUGCUUUCAACUCCACAGCUGCAGCUGCAGCUCCAACCACCACUCAACCAACCCCAGCACCAGAGCAGGCCAGCCCACCACAACACCAGACAGAGACACCUGCAGCUUCAGAACAGCAGAACACUCCACCAACAGCAGCUCCUUCAACGUCAGAAAAUGUUCGUCGGAUAUUAGCUGAGAGGGCUGCCAGGCUGCAAGCCCAAAAGGAGGAGAACGAGCGCAGGGUGAAGGAGGAGCGCGCGAGGACGAAAGAGAAAGCCAAGGCUGAGGCCGAAGCUGGUAUGGAUACGGACAAUGCCCGAGCUCACAAGGCAGCUGAGGCAGUGAGGAAGAAGAAACAGCAAGACCAAGAGGAGAGAGCGCGAAUUCUCAAGCGCAUCGAAGACGACAAGGCAGAACGACGCCUACGUGCCGAGCAGCGUGAGAAGCAGAAAAUUGAUAAGCUCAAGGGUGGCGACGUUGCGGCAUCGUUAGUGAGCGCACCAGAGACGAAGCUUUCUAGUUCCUCCAGGACCGGCGCGAUAACGGCUCUUCAAGUACGCUUAUUUGACGGAUCAACGUUGAGGAACCGAUUCAAGACGACUGCGCACUUGAAGGAGGUCCGACAAUGGGUGGAUGAGAACAGAGGCGAUGGUUCACAGCCGUACACGUUCAAGCAGGUCCUCACACCUCUACCGAAUAAGAACAUUGACGAGACUGAGGAGGGCAAGCCGUUAGGAGACCUCGGGCUUUCUCCGUCUUCGACACUGGUGCUUAUCCCUGUCAAGAAGUUUACGACCGCCUACGAUGAUUCACAGGGCAUUGUUUCGAAAGUCAUUGGAUUCAUUCUCAGAAUUUUCACAUGGUUUUUCAGUCUCUUUGGAGGCGGUGAUGAGCGCACCGGGCAUCAAGGGCCUACGAGCGAUGCGCCGGCCAGUUCGCAGGAGCGGGUUCAGUCAUUCCAGAAUCGCAGAGAUCAACAAAGAGAUCAACAGUUGUACAAUGGCAAUUCGGUAAGACCCGACAGCCCACUCUGA